GAUAACGCCGCACAGGGUAAAGAAACCGGUGUUCAACACAGUGUACCCCUAAGACAAAGGGUCCCGGGGACAACACAUGGCCUCUUUGGACAAUGAACUAUUUUGAUAUACUGGUCAGGUGCAUAUCGGAGAAAGCGGUGUCGGGCUACUAAGAGCUAUUCAAAAUGUAUACCGCUCCAGGAGCACACACCUAUUCCAAGUAACGUUAGCGCAAAUUGAAAAUGUCGAAUGGCAAAUGGCAGUUCUGUACCAUGUACCAGAGGUCUCGUUAUAUUUCUACCGAAUACAGGAGAAUGUUAAAAAAUCAUACGGCAAUCCAUUAAAGACCAUCAAUGGAUGGCUUUGGUAUCGUUAAAGUUUAUUUUUCACCGUUAUUUGUACGAAUAAAAGUUAGUACCUAGAAGCGCCUUUUGGUCGUAGGAUUGUCAUUUUGCAUUUGCCAUUCGCCGUUUUUCAUUGACAACGUUUUGACUGAAUCGGAAGUUAGCACAGGUAACAGCCCCGGUAACGUCCCCAAUAUCGUUUUUUAGACAAGCAAAAGGCAAGAAAAAGGAAAGCCCUAGUACGUUCCCUGCUUUGAUUGAAACUUGGUUUUAGUCCAACAGAAAGAUGAAAUAAAAUAACUGUCAAAUAAAUCGUGUCUAUAUGCUGCAGCUAUAAACUUCUCGGUUAAACUUAUGUAAAAAAAAAUUGGAAACUAAGAAAAAUGUAAUAAACAAAACGUCUACAUUUUUUAAAUUAAAACGGGAUUAAUUAGCCGAAUUAGCAUCCUGAAAUAUCGUGAAUAAUUAAUGGGAAAAAACAAAUUGCUUGUGACGAAAUUUAAUUUCGUUCAGGCACUUUAAUCAUGGUAUCUCUAUUUGCUGUUUUAAUUCUUGUUUCAAUUUAUCGACACCUUAUCCUGGGACAGCACUGUGAGGCGGAAUUAUCUGAAUAUGGCAUGGCACUAAAAGGUAGUGCCUAUCGGUCUGGAUUUUCGGUGAAUCUUGGUGAAUGCGGCAAUAAGUGCCAGGACGAUCCUAAAUGUCUCAGCAUCACGUACGAGCGCGACUCGCGAAUAUGCCAUCUUAACAACGCCACCAAGGCUAUGCUUCCAUCAGUGGAUGGCGCAAGCAUGGAGAGGCAGGGAAUGUCUGUCUACGCUACAGUUAGAUUUUCAGGUAAAAAAAGUGACGUUCCCACAACUAAACCUGCCACCGUUGAAAGAAGUGACGUUCCCACAACUAAACCUGCCAGAGAAUGCGUAAAGACCACUGAUGGGAAAUGCUGCGCGCUCCCGUUUGUGUACCAAGGCGUAACUUAUACAAGCUGCACUUCGCUCAAUCACAAUCGUCCCUGGUGUGCUCUGACGGCCGUCUAUGAUGGGACAUGGCGUGAUUGCGCAUAAGCGAGGACAGAGGAAGACAGGAAAGUUGAUCUUAAACAAAGUUGCUUAACUCUACGCAGAAAUUAAUCUCGUUUGUUGGGAGACCGUCUUAUACCGGAGCCACGGGGCACGCGCACGGUGCUCCAAAUUUCAAGAUGUAUAUCUAGUGACAUUUUGUAAGUUGAGUUUAUAUAAUUUUUUCACGAUAGAAAUGAUCUAUCAUUACAUAAAGAAGUAAACCACACAUUCAAACUACAGCACUUAUGAAAAGUAUAAUAACAAACCACCUCACGAUAUCAUGUUGUUUAUAAGUAUUGUUGAAAUAUGUUUGAAUAAAACAAUUAAAUAUUUUUUGGCAACUGAUUAUAAAAGAAACGAAACUUUUAUAGCACAGCAUUUGAAGUUGCAGGAGAAUCAAAACUUCAUCAUUCCUUUUAUGCAGUUAUUGUCAAUCCCGAUUUAUAUCAAACUACAUGGAAAACUACGAAACAUUUUAUGAUGUACAAGUGCUACACAUCUUUGCUUUAUUUGAACACCAAAUCUACCAUAAAACAUAAUUAAAGAAUAUAGCAUCUGAAGCAAAGUGAAAACUUAAUGACGAAACUGUAUCUCCAUACAGCACCUCCAACCACGACGUCCUGAUUUCCCGAGGAUGCAUACAAUACUUUAUCAUGGAAUCCUAUUUCUUGUUUUGAUUAUUGUAUCAAUAGUCCAGUUUCGAGUUCCGUUGUGCCUGCUGGUCAUAGGCACUGAGGACGCAUAAAUACAGUGCAAGCCUCGGUUUCAAUUGAAUCGAUUGCAAAUACCAGCGGGAUCAUGAAGUAUUCACAAGUUUUUGCAUUGUUUUAUCCCAAGUUCCAGAGGAUUCUCGCUGGUAUGCGCAUGAAAUUUGCAUCAAGUCGAGGCUUAUACUGUAUUUAUGCAUCCUUAGUCUGUAAGUCCAGCGGUCAUAGUGGAACUAGAAAUUGGGCUAUUCGUGGACACCUUGUGUUUUCGGUCUGAAUUUGCGGCAAAUCAUGCCGAAUGAGGUAAUUAGUGCCUUGAAGAAGACCCAAAAUGCCUAAGUAUUACGUACGAGCUUGUCGUGUAGUCGCGGAGCCUGUUGACGACAACGUUUUGUCAAUCGACUGUAUACAAGCUGCACUUGUGUUAAAUAAAAAUCGCCCCUUUUG